CCCAGCCAAUCCUUCACACCACCACCACCACCACCACCACUGCCCUGCGUGUCUGCCCCAUGCGUGGGAAGCGCAACCAAAGCCAGGGCUGCGCUGAACAGUUUAAUGUGGAGAGACCACAGAGGGUCAAGCGCUGCGGCAUCGUCUCCUCUCCCCUUUCUCUGCGCUCCCUGCCGUCGUCCGAGAGGCUCCGAAACCAGCGGGAAUCUCAGCUCGGGCGUUUUGUCACGGAGGAUUGAGAGACGACAGACGGUGACAUGAAUGAGUCACUGGUGGUAAAUGACUCUUCUGCUAGUCUCGGAGUCGGGGAAGCACUCCCAUGGAUGGAGGCUGCGUCUCCUGAGCACAAUGUCAGCUUGGAGUUUUCCACCACUACUGCUACGUUAGGUUUUCCCAUCAAUCCCUGGGACAUUAUGCUGUGUUUAUCAGGUACUGUCAUUGCUUGUGAAAAUGCCAUCGUAGUAGCCAUUAUCUUUUACACUCCGACCUUAAGGACUCCCAUGUUUGUGCUCAUCGGCAGCCUGGCCACAGCAGAUCUGCUGGCCGGCAUAGGAUUGAUCCUAAACUUUGUGUUUCAGUAUGUGAUCUCUUCUGAGACCAUCAGCCUCAUCACUGUAGGCUUCCUGGUGGCCUCUUUCACUGCCUCCAUCAGCAGCCUCUUAGCAAUAACAGUGGACCGGUACCUCUCCCUCUACAAUGCCUUGACGUACUUCUCAGAGAAGACCCUACAGUAUGUACACCUGAUGCUGGUCGUGACCUGGGGCGUGUCUCUUUUCCUGGGUUUGUUGCCCGUGCUGGGGUGGAACUGCCUGGACGAGCCAGCCUCCUGCAGCAUUGUCCACCCGCUGACCCGCAGCAACAUCACAGUCCUGUCCACCUCCUUCUUUGCCAUCUUUGUGCUCAUGCUCAUGCUGUACUUCAAGAUCUGUAAGAUCGUGUGUCGUCACGCCCAUCAGAUUGCCCUCCAGCAGCACUUUUUUGCCACGUCACACUACGUGGCCACUAAGAAGGGCGUGUCCACUCUGGCCAUCAUCUUAGGGACAUUUGGUGCCAGCUGGCUUCCUUUUGCCACCUACUGCCUGGUUGGAGAAAAGGAGUAUCCACCAGUGUACACCUAUGCUACACUGCUGCCAGCCACAUACAACUCCAUGAUCAACCCCAUCAUCUACGCCUACAGAAACACGGAGAUCCAGCGCUCCAUUUUCAUGCUUCUUUGUGGCUGCUUUCAGGCCAAUGGUGCCUACCGGUCCAGAUCUCCAAGUGAAGUCUAGGAGUGUGUGUGUGUGAAAAAGAGAGUGUUUGUUCAAAGGAUAAAAAAGGAGCAAAAACAAGAAUCAUCCUGAUAUCACUGACAAUCUGCUAAAAACUGAUGACACAAGAGGGGGAGCGCCGUCGGAAUCAUCAACUCAUUCAAACUCUGAUUGCACUUUACUGUCGCUGCACAACUUAGGAUGAGAUCUUGAAAACGCUGUGAACAAAAACAAAAACUUUUGUGAAAAAGACAAAAACAACUAGUGAAUGUAGUUCAGUGAGAAAAGGAAUGGAAUUUCUUCCACUUUAUUUCAUGGUUUGUUUUGAAAUGCCAAAGCAGUAUUGUGCGGGCCUGUUAUGUUUCAGUGUCUGAAGUUGUCCGUACUGUGCCAUUUUUCUAUUUUGUAUCGUAAUGUAUUUGAUGUACUGUAUAUUUUCUACAGAGAAAUAAAGAAAUACAUUCAGACAGAAAUGUGUUUUCCCUCAUUUCUCUCUCUCUCUCUCUCUCUCUCUCUGUCUUUUCCUGUUAAGUGCAGCUGGGUCUGUUUGAAGAGACUAAUGGUACGUUUCAAAGACAGCACUUUGCCCUGGAAAAUGGCUUCAAUUUGCACUUAGACAUAUUUGAAUUAGUCUCUCUCCCUCUGUAGUUGAUCUCACUUUCUUAUUAUUUUCUUCUUUCUUAUUCCUCAAUACUUUCUCUCCUUCUCUCUCUCCCUCUCUCUGUCACCUUCUUGGCUGUCUCAGUAACAACAGCCAGGUCCUUUUCAAACAUUAAGUUAGUGAUUAAACGUAAAAUGGCUUUAUUAACUGAUAGACUCAGUUAAUAAAGCCAUUUUACUUUUUAAAAACUCAAUUGACAAAAUAAAGUAACUAAUGAUUCAUUCAUACUUCUAACCUUUAAUCAACACAAUGGUUCCCAAAGUCGGGGGCGCCAAGUUAUUACAGGGAAGCAGGUCAAUCUCUGGUCAAAUGUUUUCCUUGUCCUUUAUCCUUUUAAAUAAAACUUUUUUUUGUUAGACAAAUCUGAUUUCAGUGGUGAGAGAGGUAAUUUUUGAUGUGUAACGAUGGCAGAAAAUGUAUUUUCUCUUCACUUCCUCCAUCAUCUUCUAACAGGUGAGAUGUCCAACCAUUUUAACUCCAGACGUCAGAGGGUGAGUGUCUUCCUUCUUGUUGCAGUUUUUAGCCUGUGUUACUACACACACUGUCUGUCUGCACUGAUAACAAACAGUAUGGUGUUCACGACUGCAAGAAGUGCAGGAAAUAAGAAGUGUUGUUGAGAUGGUCAGGGUCUCUUCAUCCUGACAUGGAGAUAAUCCAGGUGCAGAGGAGCUGCAGGCACGUGUGUGCAUGUGAACACGUGUGUGUGAGGGAGAUGCACUGGAGUGAUGAUGAUUGGUCCGUCCACUGUCUGUCACCGGUGAUGUGUUUACUCUGAUUGAACCUGUCUGUUACACUGCAGCAGUUACUCCGGUUUGAACAGAGAGUUGAUCAGAGAGGCCUGUAAAAGUCUGCCAUUUGAAUGGUUCAUGUUGGUUUUAAAAGAUAUUUUUUCAUUUUUUUGUGAAUCUCAAGGCUAAGGUAUAUACAGGAAGUACAUAGACAGUACAAAAACAUCAUUAUUUAUUUAGAAUCCUAAAAAUCUAAUUCAAAUUGAUAAAAAUUGAUAAAAGGUGCAGGCCUGCUGCUGUUUUCCCAUUGGCCGGCUGUCUAUUGCCUCUGUUUAAAUGUGUUCAGUUUCACUCGUACAUUUGUCAACAGCAAAAUGUCGGCUGUUGCACUCGCUUUUGUCGUGGACUUUGAACGUCAGCACUGAGCUUGAAAACUGUGAGGGCUGCAAAGUGGGCGAAAGGUGAGAGGUGUGGAGGAUCACUAAUGGACUGCAGUGAGAGGCUGAGAGACCAGGACAUGUUUGGUCUCCAUGUUUUUUUGGUCCUCUCGUCGUGUGACAGAUGUUGUUGGUCAUUGUGAAACAAGCAACAGUGAUUUUCUAUACAUAUACACAUGGGUAUAUAUAUAUAUAUAUAUAUAUAGCAGCGGUCUCCAACACGUGGCUUGCAGACUACCAGCAGCUCACUGCCCUUUUCCUAGUAGCUCGCCCAAGGGAUCAUGAAUCAUACAUAAAUGUCCAGACCUAAUUGGUCGCUCGGCAAGUCUACUUACAUUUUUACCCAAUCAAAACAGACGGUUGUCCCGCCCCCCUUCCAACACAAAAUAAUUAUUUGCCUUUUAGCUGACAGCCCUGAUUAGUCAGUGGUGAUGUGAGAUGAGCUGGAGUCACGACAGUGACAGGUGCACAUCAACUGAGAUUUCAACAUGAACGUAAAUAAUUGUGAUUAUGAUUUUGGUCAUAAUCAAACACUUUUCAGGCUGCGUUAGACUUUGAGUUGGCUGUUUCAUGACGAUAUAAAUGUGAGGUCACAGAAAUGUUGGGGGAAACUCCCCUCCUCCCUUUUCCUCCCCCAACCUGCUGUUUGGUUAUUGCUGAACAGUGGAGGUUGAUGGAACUGCAAACAGGGAGAAAAACAGGUUUGAUCCUUUAGAAAAGCAAAGACCAACUCAGAAAAAGGCAGCUUUGCCAUAAAAACUAUUAUCAUUUGCCUUUGUUGUCCUGCCUGAAGUCUGUUCAAACACUGCUCAACAUGUGUGUGUGUUUGUGUGUUUGUGUCCUUUUGUUUUAGAAACCUAUAUCUUUCUACACAGUUACAU